GCAGAUUGUAGGCUAUCAUAGCUCUACCAUCUAUAAUGGAUUUGUUCAUACGAGCCUCUUUUUUGUGGAUUUCUGUGGGGAUUGUAUCUACGGCCAGUACAGCAUGCAGUGAAGAGGAUGCAGAUAAUACCACUUCUAUAGAAUUCAAACAUGUGUUCAAGAAUAUGGCCUAUGAGUUUUCUCAAAAGCCAAAGAGCUGGUCUCAAGCCCAGGAGUCCUGCAAGGAGCGAGGAGGGAAACUUCUGAGGGAUCUGAAUUGCAAGACCAAGAGCUUCCUUCAGGACUUCUCGAAAGAGAGACACACAAAAAACCUCACUUGGUGGGUGGCUAAGGGUGUUAUAGGGCAGUACCAGGGGCCAGUGAUCGUGUAUAAUGCUACAGGAGAGAAUGGUACUUCUAAGAGUAAUGAGAGGGUCCCGCUCCUCUGCACCUAUGUGAUGAUGGAUCCCUUUCAGCUGGUGACCUCAACCAACUGCAGCGCUCGGCGUGGCUUCCUCUGCACCCUGGUUUUUAAUAUCUCUACAAAUGCAUCAAAGAGUAUGGACAAACAGGGAGCAAGUGGCAAAUCAAGACACUGGAGAAGCCAUCAAAUUAAAGUCAACCGUAUGUCAAGGAGUCUGUCUAGCAUGGAGAAACAAGUGACCAAGAUGGAUGAGCUCCUCAAGGAGGCUCAGAUGGAACUGGAAAGAAUGGAAAAGGCUAUAGGAGAGCCUACAGACGCCAACGGGAAAAAGUACCUUGAGCUUCUACUACAUGGAACACAGAUGCUGUUUCCAAGUGCUUUGAGAUUAGACAACACAACAGCUAGCCUCCUCAUCAACUGUGCUGGGGGUGUCAUACUCCUCAAAAUGAAAAGAUGUAGCGAGGACAGUGACACUAAAGUGGACAAGGAAAUGUUUGAUUUGACCUUUGAGAUUUAUAAGGCGGUAAGCUUAGUAAUGACCACAGAACUAAAUGAGGCCUUCAUCGUGAAGCACCCAACAGGCAGCAUCUACCAGAUCAGCCUCACCCCAUCACAAAUGGAUAACAAGGUUCUCGGGUCAGACGACGAUGCAUACAUCAAGCUGCCAUCUUUCUCAGCAUUACAUUCCUCUCUGAAAAACCACUCAGUUGUUAAUGUGCAGAUGACCACUUUUAUGGGCAACCCAUAUCCGUCCACUGAAAACAUCACAGGAACGGUGUGUACCCUUGUACUAAGGGAUGGAUUGACGGAAAUCAGUGUAGAAAACUUGACAGAGCUAAUUGAGAUCGUCCUGCCACGCCCAGAUGCUCCUGUGCUCUCUGGUAUAACUGUAUCCUUGGAGGAAGGGGCUCAGGUGGGGACCUCUUUCAACACUACAGACCCCAACAUCACAGUCAUAUUCACCGUAGAGCCCAGUUUCAACGUGUCCAUAGAACUGCUGCUGGGCCUGGGCUCCCCACCCAAUGACACCCACUAUAAACACCGCACCGUCCUGAGACACACAGAGGGUUAUCGCUGGCUGGUCACCCCUGAGAUGUUGGAAAAUGGAACAGGCACCUGGUAUGUGAAUGCCAGUCUGUUUAACUCAACCUGGAGCAAGGGACUGACACUACAGAUCACCACCUUCACUACUAAGUGCAUGUACUGGAACACUAAACAGCUGACAUGGAGCAUAGCUGGCUGCUGGGUGGGUAUACAGUCAACUCCCAGGAUGACACAUUGUCUGUGUAACCACCUGACAUCGUUUGGGAGCUCUUUCUUUGUGAUGCCCAACUACGUAGACGUGUCGCUCACAGCUCAGUACUUUGCCACAGUGAAUGAGAACUAUGUGGUGGUGGCGUUGCUCUCUGCCUUCUUUGGCCUAUACCUGGUCACUCUGCUCUGGGCCUGCUAUGCAGACAGGAGGGCCCUCACCAGGAGGAAGAUGACACUCCUGAAGGAUAACCACCCAUGUGCCAAUUAUAACUACCUACUGAAUGUCCAGACUGGCAGUCGGAGAGGGGCGGGUACCUCUGCCAAUGUGACAGUCAAGUUGGUGGGUACACAGGGAGAGAGUGAGCCCCACCACCUAAGUGACCCUGAUAAACCAGUAUUUGAGAGAAGGGGUGUGGACUUGUUCCUGGUGACCACACCCUUUCCCCUGGGGGAGCUGACGGGCAUCCAGCUGUGCCAUGACAACUCUGGGGGGCACCCCUCCUGGUAUCUCAACAAGGUGACGAUCCAAGACCUGCAGAGACAGAAGGUUUGGCAUUUCCUAUCCUCAUCAUGGCUGAGCUCCGACAGGGGGGAGGGGCUGACCAAGAAGACCCUCAACGCUGCCAAGAAGAAUGAGAUCAGAAGCUUUAGAAAUAUUUUCCAGACCAGGACGUCGUCAGGCUUUAGAGAUCAGCACAUCUGGGUGUCCAUCGUAGACCCUCCCUGGCGUAGCCCGUUCACCCGAGCACAGAGGGUGUCCUGCUGCAUGAGCCUCCUGCUCUGCACCAUGGCCAUCAACAUCGCCUUCUGGAAAAUCCCCAAAAACCAGCAGUCUCCUGUCAUCUUCACCAUUGGUUCGCUGGAGGUCACUUGGGAGGAGAUCAUGGUGGGGGUGGAAAGCGGUUUGCUCAUGUUCCCCAUCAACAUCCUCAUCAUCACCAUAUUCCGCAGUAUCAAGUCGCGAGUUGCCCAACCAAAGGAGAAGAACCACGAUAUGCAGGGCCUGAAACCCCUCGCUGUUACCAUGCCAACCAUUCUUAAGGACACAGAGGAGAUGGUGAAUCUGCUCUGUAAGAGCCAGAAGAACAAAGUGCCUGAGCUAGAGAAGAAGCUGGAGUCAUGCGAUGACCUUUGCUCAGCCUUGGGCAGAGUGCAAGGGGUCAUUCAGCUUAUGCAAGGGUUGAUCGAGGGUGACCCACACUGGGUCUACUGCAGCAAGUUUGUCCUGUACUUCCUCCACCACCUGUCCAUGUGCCUGGAGCGGCUGGAUGAGAGUGCCUUCCCCACCCCAGAGGCCCGUCAACACAUCCUGAACACCGUCCACCUGCUGCAGAAGAUGUCCGAGAUGGUUUUCACCAGCCACAUGGCUUACAGUCCUCCCUGUGUUGCUAGGGAGAAAAGGAAAAGCUCGAGCUGCUGGCUGCCCUGGUGGUUUGUGUUUGUGGGCUGGUUCUUGCUCGUCUCCAUCAGUGUGGUGUCCACGUACUUUACCCUGAUGUAUGGCUUUGCCUAUGGAAGGGAGAAAUCCAUCCAGUGGGUUAUCUCUCUGGCCAUGUCCCUCUUCCAGAGCAUCUUCAUCCUGCAGCCUCUUAAGGUAAUUGGUAUGGCGAUCUUCUUUGCCCUCCUCCUCAAACCAGUGGCAGUAGAAGACAGUGAGGAGGUUGGACUACUUCUGAAAGAACAACAGGAGAUGUGUAAAUUGUACUCCGGUAGGGAGAUACACUGAAGAAACACAAUUUAGCUCUACAUGCUGUCUCCAGAGGAUCGAUGGGGUUGGAAGACCUCUGAUGCCCUACAACAGACAUCCUCUGCUCUGCUGCACUGACUAUCAACGUGGCAAACUGAGAAUAUGAGUUCUUUGAAAAUAUAGUUGUUAUGUUUUUAUUGAAUACUUGUUACUCUUAUCUUAUAAGAAAUGUAUAAGGCAUAAUAUGUAUGAAUGUACUGAAAACUACUGUAUCAUUUGAAAUUGUAAUAUUUAGUAAUAAGCUGAUAGUUAGAAACGUUUAUUCCUGUGGAUUGUAUGAAGUUACUCAAUGUAUGGAAUUACUCUGUUAUAUUUAUUUUAUCACAAACCGCUGAUAUAUUAUUUUACACUGUACAUUUAUAUUGACUUUUAAGUAACAUACAGUCACCUCCAAAAUCAUUGUCACCCUUGAUAAAGAUGAGAAAAAAAGACUAUCAAAUAAAUAAUAGAAAACCAGAGCUAUAUUGAAUGUUUUCUGAGAUUAAAUAACACAUUGGGAACGAUCUUAGACCACUCCUCCAUACAUAAUCUUUCCAGAUCCUUGAUAUCCUUCGGUCUGUGCUCUGGACUGCACUCUUCAGUUCAAACCACAGGUUUUCAAUGGGGUUCAAGUCCGGAGACUGAGAUGGCCUUUGCAAAAUGUUGAUGAUUUUCUUGGUUAAUUUAUAAUUUCUUUGUGGAUUUUUAUGUGUGCUUGGGGUCAUUGUCUUGCUGGAAGAUCCACUUGUAGCCAAGUUUCAGCCUCUUAGUAGAGGCAACCAGGUUUUUGGCUAAAAUGUCCUGGUACUUGGUACAGUUCAUGAUACCGUUCGUUGACCUUAACAAGGUCCCCAAGACCAGGCAGCAAAACCGCCUCAUAAAAUCAAAGAUCAGCCACCAUAUUUUACAGUAGGCAUGGGGUUAUUUUCUGCAUAUGCAUCUUUCUUUCAAAGCCAAACCCACCACUGGUGUGCGUGGCAAAAUACCUCUAUUUUCAUCUCAUCUGACCAUAGCACCUUGGUGGCAACCCUUCCAAAUAGACAUUUGGCAUGGAAGUGGCAUAUAAUGGUAGAUUUGGAGACUUGGUGACCCCAAGAUGCGGUUAUGUUCUGUCAUUCUCCAACUGUGGCCCUUGGACAUUUAUUUCAUCCCAAACCAUCUUCAUCACUGCGAGUAGGGACACAACACUCUUGGGUCCUUUACCAGGCAAGUUCACCACUGCUCCAGUGGUUUUAAACUUCUUGUUUCCCUAAUAGUGAUUCGUGGUAUAUUUGGUAUAUAUGGUGUUACCUCUUUUUUUUAUACCCCUGUGAAAUGGGAAGCCCUGGAAGAUACAGUUCCUUAAACUGAGAUUAUUAUUUUUUUUUAAGUAGAAUGUUAAUACAAUCAAUACAAAAUUGAUUGUAUUGAUAAGAAUCUUUACGGGUGCCAAUAAUUUUGACACCUACAGUAUCUUUUUUAGAUUGUGUUUUUACUUGGUAGCCCUUCCUGCAGUGAAAUGACCUAGUAGCCUCAUGGGUGGAAUGUUAUUCAUAUUUUUCAUAAUUUCAUAAGUAAUAAAAAGCCGCCGAAAAUCCGGUGUUUCUAUGUCAAACGGUUUUGCUAUAUUUCAGUCUUCUGUGAUGUAUAUUGGGAUGCAAACUCAAAAUGUAAUACAUUUCAACUCUUUAUCUCGCUAUUUUAAGCCCAUAACCACGUGUGUGAGGUGUAUACUUUUGUUACGAAGUAGAUUUGUUUAAGACUACCAAGGAACACUUUAUUUACAUUUACAUUUAGCCCACUGCAGUAAAAGGUUCAACAAAAUCUCUUUCAACUGUAUUAAUAUAAAAUCAUAUUUUUAAUAUGAGCAUACAAUAAAGUAUGAGUAUUAGUAUUGCUCAUCUUUGUCAAGGGUGCAAAUACUUUUGGAGGUGACUGUAUCUAUGGGUUCACAUAGUAUUAUAUAUUUAUUUAUUGGAACACAUUUUCAAAAUGAUUAAAACAAGGUGUCUUUGAAACUGUUUUUCCCUAAAUAAGGUUAUAUUCCAGUGUUCUCCCCUCAUCCCCAUCAGAAUGUGAGUCCUACUUUCCCUGUGCUCAGCUGAUUGUUAUGAAAGAAAGGGUAUCACCCAUUAGGAAUACACUCAUAUCACCCCAGACAGUUAUGUA